UUUUACGGGGACAUAUUUUGCGGCAGUACCGCUUAGGCGGUGCCACUCGCUAAUGUGUCCGACACUCAGUUAACAACAACUGUUAUGGAAGGUAGAGCCAUGCGAGGCAGGGGAGGCGGAUGGAGGAGAGGCGGCCGGGGUGGACACGACGCUGACGGCCAUAACAGUGAGCACAGAGGCCGGGGGAGAGGCGGCCAACACCGCGGCAGGGGCAGGCGAGACCACCGGGGACGCGGACGCGGUGGAGGCUAUCACGCCGCAGCAGACGUUCCCCAGCAGCACCAAGACGAGGGGGAGAACCCCGAAGAUGAAGACGACAGGACAGCGGUGUUCUCCAGAAGAAAGCUGGAGUCCAACUGGGACCGUUACGAGGCGUCGGAGAGGGCGGAGGAAGACGACGGCACACCGUCUCAGAGAGGAACCGACUUCCAUGUGCUGCUGGCGUCAGCGGGGGAUUCGUUCAGUCAGUUCCGGUUUGCAGAAGAGAAGGACUGGGAGACGGAUCCAUUCACAGCCAAUCAGAUGUCGCCGGUGGUUUUGGACCUUCCUGCUCUCGCCCAGAGUCUCCAACAAGUUCCUCUCCAUCGGAGGCUGAAUCUGGAAGCUGAACUGGUUCAGGUCUCAGCACCAGCAGAGCUGCCAGCUGUGAGCCUCACACCUAAACAGGAAGUACCCAAAUUUCCUCCUCCGUCUGCUGCCUUUAAAGGCCUCGGUACCGGUCAGAAACCAGCAGUGGGUUUGAACUCCCAGGUUUCCUCUGUGGCUGUUAAGCCUGAGGAGGAGGAGGAGGGUGAUGAAGAGCUGGAUGAGCUACUUGGUUUACAGAAACCCGGGUCAGAUGAUGCAGGACAUCAGCUGAGCUGCAGUCCAAACGAGGAGAGACGAUCUCCAGAGAAAGGGUUUGAAGAAGUGAAGGAAGUUGCAUCAGAAGAAAAAGCUUUAGACGAGGAUGUAGCCCCUCCUAAGGCUGCGGAGGUCAAAGAGGCGAUGACUGAGGAGGACCUGGAGGACUGGCUGGACAGCAUGAUCUCCUGACCAUGAAGAAGAUGCAGUUUAAAGACUGGAGGUAAAACGGGACCAUCUGCUGUGAGGUUUGCAGGAAUGUCUUGCAUUUCUUUGGCUGAAGACAGCCGGUAUGUUUCCGAAGUCAGGGCGUCCCAACCUGUGUUCAGUACCGUACGUUUCUCUGCCAGAGAUUGAUGGUCAAACAGGCUACAGAGGACACAAUAUAUCGUAUUGCAUCAGUUUAUUAUUUUCCUCCUACAUACGUACAAAUGGCCGCACAGUUUCAGCCAAUAAAUCAUUGAACCAA